AUGGGUCAUUGGUACAAAGCUGAGCGGACAUCUAGAGUGCAAACCGAUAGGCAGCUUCACGUUCGAUCAAGACGUACACCGCACGUAGAUUUGAAUAUGGCAGCUUUCAACUAUGUUCCCAAUUACAACUACGAUCUCCAUCCCAAAGUUGUCAUUGGAAAGAUGGAUCAAUCGUGUCAGUUCUACCGUGCUUUAAAGUUCAAAAACGAGACGGCUGGCAUGUGCUGUGCCAACGGUCAAGUCAAACUACCCGACCUACGUUCGCCACACCAGACACUCCGGGCCCUGGUAGCCGGAGAAACAAGCGAAUCGAAGCGUUUUCUAAAGAACAUACGCAAGUAUAAUUCGGCUUUCCAAAUGACAUCUUUCGGCGCUACCGAGAUUUUCAAUGAUGAAUGUAUGCCUGCGUUCAAGUGCCAAGGCCAGAUUUAUCAUCGCGCUGGAUCCCUCCUCCCUUUACCGAACGAAGAACAUCAGUUCCUGCAAAUAUACUUCAUGGAAGAUGCUGAAUCGAGCUUCGGUGCAGGGAUCAAUAUCAUUGCAAUGUACUCAAGUCCGUCGGGGAAGCCGGAAGUCUCCCUGGAGAAGGUCACCUCGUCCAUUGACUCCGUCGAUCUCACCAAACCGACUCUGGUCUGCGGUGAUUUCAAGUGCCCAGUCGAUAAGCCUCCAACCCGCAAGACGCAGCUUCUGUUCCGAACCAUGGAACUAUGCUCGUGUGACGGCGUACCCAGUGCCCUCCGCGUCAUCCCAGAAGGCAAGGGUGACCCCCUGGCACCGUCCUCAUACCGCGGUAUAGCCAAGAAGAAUGUGAUCUACAAGCUCUUAUCCGGAAUCCUCGCCAAACGCCUCGAGGACUUCUUAAAGAGCGAGAGCUUCCUCCCCCUGAGCAACACGGAAGAUCUCGUCUUUCUCGAAGACGGUGUUGUCGAGCACGAACCAAUUCGGCAAACGACUGGGGUUGCCCAAGGAGACUGCCCCAGCCCCCUUCUCUUCUCGACAUUGGUGAGCGACUUGCCUAGGCGCAUACAAGACCGCAACCCCAAAGUACAAGUGCUCAUGUACGCCGACGAUCUCGCCCUGUUCUCGUCGAGUCGGUUCCAUCUCCAACAAGCCCUGAGGAGUCUGCAACGAUACGUCGUUGAGAAAGAUCUCGAGAUCAACGCCUCGGAAUCGAAAGCUCUCAAAUUCCGCCGCGGUGGUAGACCCUCGGGCUCAGAUCAGUUCAGAAUCGACUUGGACACUCUUGAGCUUGUUGAUCACUUCCCGUACCUCGGAAUUUUCUUCUCGGCGUUUGGCUGCUCGUUCUCGCGGCAUCUCCGCGAACGAGUUCUCCUGGGUCAUCUCGCUUUUCACUGCAUCGAGAACCCUCACAAGCUCUCCCUGAAGACGGCCGAGGCUCUAUGCACGCUGAAAGUCGAGCCGACGGCAUGUUACGGGAUCCCAGUGAUCUGGGCUCAGCUCGGCAGAUCCCACUUCAUGCAGCUGGAUCGCCUCAAGGCGGCUUUUCUCAAAAAAGUGCUGCGAGUGCACCGAUCAAGCAGAAACAGACUCGUCUAUCUCGUGGCGAAUGUCCCAUUACUCUCGGAGCAAGUCCAGCGAAGAUUCUAUCUCCGGGUGACCGAGGCCUUCGCCGAGCACUGUCGCGAGUGGGAGCGGAGGCUGACGGACGUGGACCCCGAAGUUUUCAACACCGAGGCCUUUUCCUCAGACCGUUGGAAGGAUUCCGACUACAUGAACAGGCGUCUUGUCAAACUUUUUCCUGCGUUGGCUCAUCGUUGCAAGGAGACGUCUUCAAUCAUGGCCAACUUUACGUCGCGCUAA